GGGAACCGCGCAGGGCUUUCGGCCCGGCCCGUAGGAGGAGCAGUUUGUAAAGGCCUGGAGCAGAGCAGCGAGCUUUCAGCGAGAGGCGGUGGUGGAGGGCCGAGUGGCCCGUUCCCAAAGUGGGCCCCCAUGCUGCGCGUCCUGACCAGCACCCUGCGCUUUCCGCGCCCCUGGAAGCCGCUUGAGACCCGCGGCUGCUCCUCCAACCCCGGGGCUGCCGGCCGGGAGAUCCAGGUGUGCGCUCUGGCGGGUCCAGACCAGGGAAUUGCUGAGAUUCUGAUGAACAGACCAAGUGCCCGCAAUGCCCUGGGGAACGUCUUCGUCAGUCAGCUGCUGGAAGCUCUGGCCCAGCUUCGGGAGGACCGUCAAGUGCGUGUCCUGAUCUUCAGGAGUGCAGUGAAGGGUGUGUUCUGCGCAGGUGCAGACCUGAAGGAGCGGGAGCAGAUGACUGAGGCAGAAGUGGGGCUCUUUGUCCAGCGGCUUCGAGGCCUGAUGACUGAGAUUGCAGCGUUCCCUGCACCCACCAUUGCAGCUAUGGAUGGGUUUGCCUUGGGUGGAGGCCUGGAACUUGCCCUGGCCUGUGACCUCCGAGUGGCAGCAGCUUCCUCGGCUGUCAUGGGACUGAUCGAGACCACCCGAGGGCUCCUCCCAGGAGCAGGAGGGACUCAGAGGCUGCCUCGAUGCCUGGGGGUGGCCCUGGCGAAGGAGCUCAUCUUCACAGGCCGAAGACUGAGUGGGGAACAGGCCCAGGCUCUGGGGCUGGUGAACCACGCUGUGGCCCAGAACGAGGAGGGCAAUGCUGCCUACCACCGGGCACGAGCACUGGCCCAGGAGAUCCUGCCCCAGGCCCCCAUUGCUGUGCGGCUGAGCAAAGUAGCCAUUGACCGAGGAAUAGAGGUGGACAUCGCAUCAGGGAUGGCCAUUGAAGGGAUAUGCUACGCCCAGAACAUCCCAACCCAGGAUCGGCUGGAAGGCAUGGCUGCUUUCAGGGAGAAGCGCCUCCCCAGAUUUGUUGGCGAGUGACCUCCAUUUAACCUGAAGCAAGGGAGAUGCACACCUUACAGGGCAGGAUCCAGAAGACAGAUGUGCAGCACCUCUGCCCUCAUUACUUCACCUCUGCCCUCAUCAUUUCACCUCUGCCCUCAUCAUUUCACCUCUCUGGGUUCCAGAUUCCUCACAAGGACAGUGAUGGAUAGGAAACGACAGGCACGGUGCCUGGUUCUAGGAUGCUGACUAUGCCACCUACUGCUCCCCUCAUUACUCCUCACCCAGGCGAGCUCAUCACUGGAGUUGGGUUUGCUUUGGAGCAUACCUGUCUCUCCCUAAUAGAACAAUAAACUAAGGAUAAAACAGACCCCUCUGGGCCCUUAUAGCAGGCACUCAAGUCUGAUCACUGCGUCUCGGUUAUUAGGUGCUCACCAGAGACGCAAGAGGCUGUAAGAACCACCCCACAAUGGCCCUGUUUCUCCCUCAGUACAACAGAGAUAAUAAGGAGACCUUGGUUGUGGUUGAAUAGACUCAGCUCUCUGCCAGUUACUCACUGUUUGCCUCAGCCUCCUCAACUAUUAUAAUGAACCUGUCUUGAGGAUUAAAAAAUAAUAAAUAAAAUACCUGAUGUUCCAUAA